AGCGGCCAAUGGCCGGGCGGGGAGGGGGCGUGGCGCGCCGGGUGACGUCAUUCUCGCGGGCGCGCGUCGGGCUCCGGCGGCGGCGGCGGGGCGGCAUGGGGCGGCGGGGCGGCGCGGGGAGGGGGCGCCGGGACCCCCUCGUCCGCCCCCCGCUGCGGCCGCCGCCGCUGCUCCUCCUCCUGCUCUUCCUCCUCCUCCUCCUCCUCCUCCUCCUGCCGCCGCCCGCCGACGGGCUCUUCGUGACCGACUACUUCACCCGCACGCCGCGCAAGCUCAGCCCCUUCCGCUCCUUUGCCAGCAUCGAGCUCUUCCACUUCCACAUCCCCGAGGACACCGUCAUCGCCGUCUGGAACCUCAUCACCUUCAAGGAACAGGGCGGCACCUUCGGGGACCACUGCCCGGACCGCAGCAUCACCGUGUAUUUCCGCUCGGGGGCUCCCUCCGUCAUCAACCCGCUGCGCACGCACUUCCCCAGGGACACGGCCGUCCCUGGCUCCUUCGCCCUCACCCUCACCUGGACGCUGCCCAACCGCACCACCGGGGUGUUCAACGUCACCAGCCCCCUGCCCGGGGACUGGUUUUUGGCUGCCCACCUGCCCAAGGAUGAGGGGAAGAUCUCCGUCAAGGGUCUCUACGAGGAGUGCCAGUACCUCUUCCAGCCGCAGCUCAUCGUGCAGCGCCUGGUCAACAUCGCCGUGCUGUACCCCGGAUACGCCUCCGAGCAGAGCAUGGGCCCCCACAACCGCUCCUGCCUCUACAAGGUGUUUGUGCCCAGCUACACGUCGCGCGUGCAGGUGGAGGUGCUGCGGUGCCGGGGGGCCGAGGGCUGCCCCCUGUGGCUGUGGGUACGGGCCAAGGCCCCCCCCCUGCACAACUCCACGGCGCUGGACUGCCGGGAGCACGCGCCCUGCCAGCUGGCGCUGGACCUGCCCUUCUGGCAGCACUGGUACUACGUGCUGGUGGAGAGGCACCCCGGCGUGCCGGGCACCGUCUCCUUCCAGGUCAUCGUGCAGCUCACGGACUGCUCCCGCCCCAGCCUGUCCCGGCCUCCCUUCCUGCCCUCCAGCGCCUCCAUGAACAUGCCCCACUCCUUCGGCUCCGCGGGCGGGCUGGGGCUGGGUGCCGACAGCCCCCCUCCCGCCAGCCCCAACGGUACCAGGCACCCUCUGGCCGCCGUCCCCAGCGCCGCCGAGCGCUGCUGGCCCGUGCGCCCCACGCUGCGCAACGAGCUGGACACCUUCUCCGUCCACUUCUACAUCUUUUUCGGGCCCAACGUCUCGGUGCCGCCCGACCGCCCCGCCGUCUUCGUCAUCAACCUGCUGCCGGUGCUGGACAGCGGCGGGGUGCUCAACCUGGAGCUGCGGCUCAACGUGAGCUCCCUGCGUGGUGAGAACGCGACGGUGUUCGGCUGCCUGAACCACGAGGUGCCGCUGGCCUCCAGUGACAACGCCUCGGUCACCUGCGAGACGGAGUCCCUGGCAGGCUUCCUCCUCUCCGUCAACGCCACGGCCAGCCUGAGCCGUCUGCGCAUCCCCUACCCACAGACGGGCAGCUGGUACCUCAGCCUGCGCUCGCUCUGCGCCACGGAGCACGGGUUCGAGCCCUGCACCAACGUGACGGCCGAGGUCUACCUGCGCGCCUACCUCUCGCCCUGCAUCAACGACUGCGGCAUCUACGGGCAGUGCAAGCUGCUGCGCACCAACAACUACCUGUACGCCGCCUGCGAGUGCAAAGCCGGCUGGAACGGCUGGGGCUGCACGGACAACGCCGAGGCGUUCUCCUACGGCUUCCAGCUCCUCUCCACGCUGCUGCUCUGCCUCAGCAACGUCAUGUUCGUGCCUCCCGUGGCCAUCGCCGUGCGCAGCCACUACCUCCUGGAAGCCGCCGUCUACAUCUUCACCAUGUUCUUCUCCACCUUUUACCACGCCUGCGACCAGCCGGGCAUCGUGGUGUUCUGCAUCAUGGACUACGACGUGCUGCAGUUCUGCGAUUUCCUGGGCUCCCUCAUGUCCGUCUGGGUCACCGUCAUCGCCAUGGCCCGGCUGCAGCCCGUGGUCAAGCAGGUGCUGUACCUGCUGGGGGCCAUGCUGCUCUCCAUGGCCCUGCAGAUGGACCGCCACGGGCUCUGGAACCUGCUGGGACCCAGCCUCUUCGCCUUGGGCAUCAUGGCCAUCGCUUGGACAGCUCGCACCAUCCGCCGGCGCCACUGCUACCCCCCCACCUGGAAGCGCUGGGCUUUCUACCUGUGCCCCGGGGCGCUGAUCGCGGCGGGCGCCGUGCUGCUCUACGCCUUCGUGGAGACGGAGGAGAAUUACUUCUACAUCCACAGCAUCUGGCACCUGCUGAUCGCUGGCAGCGUCGGCUUCCUGCUGCCCCCCCGCGCCAAACCCGCCGGGCGCCUGGGGCCGCUGCCCCGCCGCAAGGGCUGCGGGUACCAGCUCUGCGUCAACGAGCAGGAGGAGCUGGGGCUGGUCGACCCCGCCGUCGCCUCCAUCAACAGCAUCUGCACCGGGUGACGGCACCCCCAGGAGAGCGGAUUUGGGGACCCUGGGGUGGGGGGUGGGGGAUGGGGGGGGAGCAGAACCGGGGCUGUCCAUCUGUCUGUCUGUCCGUCCGUCUGUCUGUGCGUCCCCGGAGCAACCAGGACUCCGCUGAUGGUCACCCCUUGAGCUGCCCCUCCUGGCACCCCGGGUGUGGCUGGAGUGGUGACGUCCCUGCUGGUGCCACCAAGGCACGGGGAGGGGGCACUGCAUGCAUUGGGACCCCCCCCCUACCCCCUCCUCCAGCUGCCUUUUGGGGUGUUGCGGGGGGGGGGGACAGGGAUGCGGUGCCAGGCAGGUCCCCAAGCCCUGUGUGACAGCCACGGGGCAGCUCCUGGGGUGCUGCUCCAGCCCCCCCCCCCCCCCCAUGAGCCGUUCCCUGGGGAUGCAGCCCCGGCGUGCUGGGAUUUAGGGGAUGCCUAACGGGAUUACCAGCUGCAGGCGGGCGGGCGGCUCCCUAAUAGGAUUGAGAUCUAAUUAACCCGGUCCCCCGGGAGCCAGGCCCCAGCUGGGGGCUGCAGGGGGGGGCAUCUGGAGGGGAUGAUGGGGAUAGGAUGGCGAGGCUGCAGCCCUGCUGGGGCCGGCGAGCCCCAUCGAGCCAUGGGGGCUGCUAAAAGGGUCCCGGGGGACUGGCGGCUGCCAUCCAGGAUAUCAUCCUCCAGCCCUUCCCGUGUCGGCCAGGCUGGGUGAGGAUUAAUUUUUAAUUAAAGUCGUUGCUCACUUCA